AUGCAGCAGAUUUUUGCCCUCGUAGCUGCACUUGCAUCAGUAGGUCUCUUCGCACAAACAACUGGACAAGAAGUGGGAAUCCUUAUCGGUGCGGGAUGCGCUUUUUCCAACUACUCGACACUACCAAUAGCGGUUGGAAAUAAGACUUCUUACGACCUACAGCUCAAUCCUGGGCUCGGAAUGGGUAUCUACCUGCUGCAUUUCACGCACUUCAAUUUACCAGAAGCUGACGUACUGGUAGUGAGGGCAUCCGAUGCUCCAAUAACGACGCCACCGGUUGCAGUACUGUCGGGGAAGAAUGCAACAGGCAAGUUCUACUCUACUGCAAUAUCUGGGGAUGGAGUGAAGCUGGAGCUACUUAAGUCAUCACUUCCGGACAAAACUAACUCGAGUUUGUGUCGAGGAUUUACCAUUAGUGGCCUGCUUUUUACUUCAAAGGAGCUAGCAGAUAAGGCUGAGCGUCAGCAAGUAGCUGUCAAGGUGCCUCUAUUCAAACUCGACAACAAAGAAGACAAUAGUGAUGAUGACGAAGAUAUUAACAAUGAAAGUCUCUGUGGCCAGGACGAAUCUGUCGAAGCUGCCUGUGCACCCAGUGCUACAAAUAGCGAGCAAGGAGCAGUCAUGUUGGCCAAGUCGCAACCUGUGGCUCGACUAUCUAUCAUUAAAGAGAACGGCAUGGCAAUUGCCUAUUGUACUGGAUGGCUACUUGGUUGUGAAGGCCACUUAAUCACGAAUCAGCACUGCAUCAGCAAUGUCCAAGACGCACUCAAUACGAAAGUGGAAUUUCUAGCCCAAGCAACCAGUUGUGGAGGUAACGAGGAUUGCGAUACUCGGGGUGGAUGUCCAGGUUUACUUGGCGUGACGUCUACGAAGCUUGUAGCAGUGUCGGAAGAAUUAGACUAUGCUGUAGUUCGACUUGCUACCAACGACAGUGUUGUCGAUUUUCGUGGCUUGUAUGAAAAGACAGGGGGGUAUCUGCAAUUUCGUGGUUCAGAAGCUGUGCUCGAGGAAAACAUCUAUAUCCCGCAGCAUCCACUAGGCUAUGGUAAACGCAUCGCAUGGUUGUAUAAUGGUCAACCUGGUCGUGUCGAGUCUUUCACGGUCAUUGAAUGUCGUAAAGGCGAUAUAGGUUACUACGUGGACACGCAAGAAGGUUCAUCAGGGUCGCCAAUCCUUGCCACAAGUGACAACACUGUCAUUGCAAUGCAUCACUGCGGCGGUUGCUUGAACGGAGCGAUUCCAUCGCAACAAAUUAUUGCGGAUCUUAUCUCCAAAGGUGUUCUGCCGAAAUGCUCCGUCGCAGGAGUAAACAGCACAACUACAAGUGCCUAA